AUGGCUUCCAUCGCCUCCCAAAUCGCCCGUCCCUCCAUCCGUCACUUUUCAGCCCACCGACCUCGUCCCGACUCUCGCGCUGUCCGCGCUGUCGCCAUGGGUUGCAUUGUAUCAGGUGUGGUACUCCCAUUUGUUCCACCUGCUCUAGAAAGCUCGCGACAACGGAGCAAGGGCAUAUCCACCAGCGCCAAGUAA